AUGGGAGCGUUAUUAUCGAUUCCUCUGGCGGUCAUCCCGUCCGUCUCGGCCAUCGGAACUUGGGCAGCCACCUGUUGCGGCGCAGCAAUCGGCUCGGCCAUGUGUUCGGCCUGCAACAAGUGUUCUUCUUCUAUCGCCACUCGAGUGGGCUACGCGGUGCUCUUCCUGGUGAACUCGAUUCUGUCAUGGAUCAUGCUCACCGACUGGGCAGUCAAAAAACUGGAGCGCUUCACUCUCGAUUACAUGAAGUUCAAGUGUCUGGGUGAAGAGUGCACGGGGUUUGUGGCGGUUCAGCGUAUGAACUUUGCCCUCGGAGUGUUCCAUCUGAUAAUGGCGCUGUUGCUGGUGGGCGUGCAUUCAACGAAAAACCCGCGGUCCAAGAUCCAGAACGGCUACUGGGGUUUCAAGAUCGCCGCUUGGCUGGCUCUUAUUGUCCUAUGCUUCCUCAUCCCCGAAAAGUUCUUUGUGGUCUGGGGCAACUACUUUGCCAUGAUCGGCUCGGCCAUCUUCAUUCUCAUCGGCCUCGUGCUUCUUGUCGACUUUGCCCACUCCUGGGCCGAACAGUGUCUUGAAAGAAUCGAGGAGACAGACUCCGGAACAUGGAAGUUCAUUCUCGUGGGAUCAACAAUGUCCAUGUACAUUGCCAGCAUCGUGCUGACAAUUCUCAUGUACGUCUUCUUCUGCACUUCGGGCUGCUCCAUGAACCAGGCCGCCGUUACUAUCAACCUGGUCAUGCUGAUGCUCGUCACCCUGGUGUCCGUCAACCAAAACGUGCAGGAGUACAACCCUCGAGCCGGUCUGGCUCAGGCUGCAAUGGUGGCCUUCUACUGCACCUACCUGACUAUGAGUGCGGUUUCCACGGAGCCCGAUGACAAAAACUGCAACCCGCUGGUGCGGUCCAAGGGCACCCGAACUGCUUCCAUCUUCAUCGGAGCGCUGUUUACGUUUGUGGCCAUCGCAUACACUACGACCCGAGCCGCCACUCGGUCUUCGGUGAUUGAGCCUGAGCCAGAGUCGCUUGUGGACGACACCGUGUACACUGAACCCUCCGCUGUAACCAUGCGUCAGCAGGCCAUCCGAGCCGCUGUGGAAGAAGGGUCUCUGCCGGAGUCUGCGCUUCACGAACAGGAGUGGGAGACAUUUGAGGCCGAUGAUGAAAAGUCUACCACUAAAUACAACUAUGUUCUGUUUCAUAUUGUGUUUUUGUUGGCGACCCAAUGGACGGCUACCUUGCUGACCAUGAACGUUGAGAAGGAUGACGUCGGCGACUUUGUACCUGUGGGACGAACCUACUUUUCUUCCUGGGUCAAGAUUGUCAGUGCCUGGAUCUGUUACUUCCUGUAUACCUGGACUCUGAUUGCUCCCGUUUGGUUCCCUGAUCGAUUCUCUUAG